AAGAGGAACCGUGCCGCUAAGUGGCGACUCCUUUUAAAUACCAAACCAGCCCAGACUAAGUAUGCGAGCAUGGCUUCGUUUCUAGGGAGCAAGGUCUCUCACCUUCUUUCCCACUUGAAAUCCUGACCCGGAUUGCCAUGUAUCAAUGGCUUCGGGACGCGCUUCGGAACGCGCUUCGUACGACGACGAGCCAUACAGCACACUCGAGGUUCGCGAUAUAGAGUCCCACAAGGAAGUGGUGGAUCAUGGCGAAAAAUAUCUCCAGACAAUUCAUAACUAUUAUAUUCCCAAGGCGAUACCAUGUGGCAUAGAGGCGUAUCGCAUAGAGGCGGAUAUCGUGGAGGCGGAUCGCAUGGAGGCGGAUCGCAUGGAGGCGGACCGCGUGGAACCGGAUCGCGUGGAACGGGAAAGCGCCUAUAACGACAGCCCAGCAGAUACCAGGAUAUGUGGGCUGCGAAGACGCCACUUCUACAUCAUCCUAACCGUCGUAGUCUUGGCCGUCAUCGGCGCCGUCGCCGGAGGCGUCGCUGGCGGGUUAGCAAACAGGAAAACCGAACAGUCCCCAGCGUCGCCAGCAGAGAUCGGACAGAGCGCAGGGAGCGUAGAGGGCUCAGCUGGCACGGAAGGCCCAGGGGAAACGGAGGACUCGGGAGGGGCGCCGCCGACCGAGAACGCGAACGUCAACAUCCUGAGCAGCUCGCAGCUCGCGGCCUCGAACUGGACGGACAUGGAGGGCUUCACGCACCGGAACGUGUUCUUCCAGGACCCGUACAACAGCAUCAUCGUGCGGCACUGGGACUCGCAGAACACGUCGUGGGUGACUCGGAACCUGAGCCAGCUGAUGCGGUCGUCGACGUGGGGGGCGAUCGACCCGAUCCCGGGGACGUCGCUGGCGAGCACGUCGGUGAACCGGGACGAGCAGGAGCCGCGGAGGCUGCACGAGGUGCACGUGUGGUUCCUGGAGCGGGGGGGCAACGGCACGGGCAGCAGCAGCAGCAGCAGCAGCAUCAGCCGGCUGUCGUCGAAGGCGCCGAAGGCGCAGGCGGACUACUGGACGUACGGCGACCACGAGCUGCCGACGUGGGACGGCUCGCAGCUCGCGGCCGUCUGGCAGCGCUGCUGGAAGCCGAGCUGCAACGGCUUCUACGUCCUCGCGUACCAGGGCCCCGACGGCGCCAUCGGCUUCGCCAACGGCAGCCAGUGGACGCGCGAGACGAAGCCCAUCGUCAGCGCCAGCGCCGCCUCCGCCGGCGCCAGCAUGGCCCUCAUCGCGACCUCCGACCGGGGCAGCCCGGACGGCGUCAUCCUCGCGACCCAGCGGCGCCCCGACUCGAUGGGCCGGUCGUCGUUCAAGGGCAACUGGGAAUGGGAAGGAGACGACGGUACGAUCAUGGGCGGCCUCGACCCGCUGCAGACGCGGCAGUUCGCGGCGACGAAGCUGGGCGACUGGAACGACAACCUGUUCCUGGCGCUGGGGGCCGACGGCGGGCUGCGGGCGACCCGGUACGACGGCGAGACGUACGACGCCGUGGCGGACAUCGAGUUCGCCGGCGGCAAGCCGACCAACUUCUCCGCCAUCGCGACCACGGCGGACACCGUCUUCUACGGCAUCGCCGACGACCAGAUCUGGGAGUACACCAUCGACGCCGCGGACCCGUCCAAGUUCGCCCUCGCCGGCAGGGUGUACCCGUGAUGCGCGAGCGAGGCGGUCGGAAACGGGCGCGUGGUGCGGUUCAUACAGCGUCGGCCGGCGCAGGCGUUAUAGACAGAUACCCAUUUGCACAUAGCGAUGUUACCAUUCACAAUACGUCUGGGAAGAAGCGACUGGUUCAAGAAGGGGGCCGUCAUUUUCAGCCUCGCAUCCCGAUGCUCUUGGGCGGCAUUAGAGAAAAAGGG